UGCGACACAGUACCACUUUUUACUCUUCCGAGUUUCAGAAUAUCAGAACAGAACAGAAACAUCGUCGGACCCUUUUUCCCUGUUUCCAAAUAUUUGCGCCCAACCCCACCUCACUUCACUUUCAAUAUUGUAUUAAUUUAUUAACAGUUCAAGAAAAAGAAAACUUCAAACCUCACUCCUUUAGUGCGAUAAAUAUAAAAAGCCCACCUGCUUUUGGAUUCUUGAAUUUCAUUUGAAUCUACCUUAGGGCCAGUCUAUCGGGAGACAGAAUCCAUUCUUUUAUGGUUGUACGCCUUUCGGGUGAACUAUCUUUGUUUUUCUUAACAGACAAGAUCAUUUAGCUGAGUUUCUUGAUGAUUCUUGAAUCCCAUUGUUGUUUCUGCCGGGUUUUUUCUGGGUUUAUGGUUGUUUAUUUGCUUUUACUACUAUCUGAUUAUAUAUAUUGAUGCUUUAAGUUAAGAGUGCUGUUCACAAUGAGAGAAGAAAACCCAUCUGAGAACAGAGUGAAAUCUUCAAAAUUUGCUGAUCAAAACCAGGUUCCAAAGGAUAAUAAUCAUCGUAAUGUGAAGGGAAACAGCAAUUUUUCAAGAAUGAAAUCCUCUUGGGGUUCUCACAUAGUGAAGGGAUUCUCAGCUGCAGAUAAGAAAUCCAAAACCAGAGUGUUGCAGGCCACAGCUCAAAGCAAGAAGCUGCCUCUUAACAACUCUGAUACAUCAAACCAGAAGAACCAGCCAUUGGUUUCAAAUUCAAGAAUCAAAAGAUCGCUCAUCGGGGACCUUUCAUGCUCCAUAAAUGCUACACAAGUGCAUCCACAAACUGUUCAAAGCCAAAACAAGACAAAACCUUCAGGCUCUUCUGAAGAUUUGUUUCUUGAAAUCGAUCAUUUGAGGAAUUUGUUGCAAGAAUCAAAGGAUAGGGAGCUCAGCUUGCAAGCUGAGUUGUCAGAGUAUAAGAGGAAUCCCAAGGUGUUGGAAGUUGAGAGGGAGCUUGAAUUGAAGAAGAGUGAAAUUGAUGGCCUUCUCAAGAGAGUGGGAUGCCUCGAAAAUGAAAAGGCGAACCUUUCUGGACAGUUGGUGUCUUUGGCCUCUGUCAUGGGGAAGCAUGAGGAUGUUUUGGAAAGUGAAGUUCGUGACAGUUUUAGUAGUGUAGAGAUGGAGGUCUUAGAGUUGAGGCGCUUGAACAAGGAGCUGCAGCUUCAGAAGAGAAAUCUUUCUGGCAGGAUUUCUUCCUUGGAAUCCCAGUUAGCCACCCUUGCCAAAGUUUCUGAGAGUGACAUUGUUGAGAAGAUUAAAGCAGAAGCCUCUUUGCUGAGGCAUACCAAUGAAGAUCUAUGCAAACAAGUGGAAGGUCUUCAAAUGAGUCGGAUGAAUGAAGUUGAGGAGCUUGCUUACCUGAGGUGGGUUAACUCAUGUUUAAGAGAUGAGUUGCGGAGUUGCUCUACCAGGAUUUCGGACAAGUCAACAAGCCCGAAUUCCGUCGAGAAGAGCAGGGAAUCUAUUUGCUUUUCAUCUUUUCAAAUGGAUCAAGAUUCUAAUGAUACUGCCACAAAGAGGUUGUAUCUUGUCAAGAAGUUUAAAAGAUGGCCUAUUACUGAUGAAGACUUGCAUCAAAUGAAAUACAUGGACGAUUUUGUCAAUCAUAAUUGGGAUGAUCCCCUAGGUUUAGCACGAAGACACUCUAUUAGUGGAACAAAUUGCUGUCCCGACGAUCUGAUACUAAACAAAAAAAGGCAAUCUGAUAGUUUUAUAUGUUCCAAGGAAGCGGACAAGACGCCCGAGGUACUAGUUUCCGAAAAGUAUGACUUAGAAGUAAGCAACAGGCCCAAUGUCUAUACCAAUUCUCAUGAAGUUUCUAAGAUGACGGCUUCUUUGGAUAUCGAGAAAAGGACCUUACGAAUCCCUAAUCCCCCUCCGAGGCCUUCAUGUGCUGGUUUAUCUGGACCAAAAGAAGAAACUUCUAGUCGAACUUCCCCUCCAACUCUUCCUCCACCCCCACCACCCCCACCACCUCCUCCAAAGUUAAUGGCUAGAAGCAUGACAGGAACGGUGCAGCGAGCUCCCCAAGUUGUCGAGUUUUAUCACUCUCUCAUGAAGAGAGAGUCUAGGAAGGACUGCUUAAAUUCUGGGACUACAGAUGCAUCAGAUGUUGCAAACGUUCGUAGUAGCAUGAUUGGCGAAAUUGAGAACCGAUCGUCUCAUUUGCUUGCCAUAAAGGCGGAUGUUGAGACCCAAGGAGAAUUUGUGAACUCCCUUAUACGAGAAGUCAAUAAUGCUGUUUACCAGAACAUUGAAGAUGUCCUUGCAUUUGUGAAGUGGCUAGAUGAUGAACUAAGUUUUCUCGUUGACGAAAGGGCAGUGCUGAAGCACUUUGAGUGGCCAGAAAAGAAAGCUGACACAUUAAGAGAAGCAGCAUUUGGAUAUAGCGACCUAAGGAAGCUAGAGCAGGAAGUUUCAAUCUAUAAGGAUGAUCCUCGUCUGCCAUGCGACAUAGCGUUGAAGAAAAUGGCAGCUUUGUCUGAGAGGAUGGAGCGUACUGUGCAUAAUAUCCUCCGAACAAGAGACUCAUUGAUGAGACACUGCAAGGAGUUCCACAUUCCCACAGACUGGAUGCUAGACAAUGGAAUAUUAAGCAAGAUAAAGUUUGGUUCUGUGAAACUGGCUAAGAUGUACAUGGAGAGAGUGGCAAUAGAACUUCAGUCCAAGGGAACAUUGGAUAAAGAUUCUUCCUUGGAUUAUAUGUUGCUCCAGGGAGUGAGAUUUGCUUUCCGAAUUCAUCAGUUUGCUGGAGGAUUUGAUUCCGAAACAAUGCAGGCAUUUGAGGAGCUCCGAGACCUUGCUGUUGUUCUGAACAAAAGUCGAGACUGAAGACGCUAAACAGAAGAAGAAAAGAAAACAUCAAUCUCGUCAAGAGUUCUGAUUCUGUUCUUGGCUUACCACCUCAGUAAGCAUCAAAAUUUGUUUGUAGAAGAAUAUAGUCCCACAAAAUUAUAGUGGGAAAAUAAGUGAGCGGGUGAGGGACGCUCAGGCUAUGAUUCUUGUUAAAUUUUGUGGCUUUGGCAAGAAUGACGUUCUGAACCAACUCUUGUCAAAAAUCCGAAUUUGCUGCAUUUUGAUUGUCCU